UUCCAGCCAUUGUUGAUUGUUGUCGUCUUUGUCGGCCGUCUGAACAUCAGGGUGAAGUGGAGGAAAAGUUGUGGAGAUGACAGCUGCUAACGUUAAUGGCGUCAGGCUGUUACUGCUUCACUCCGCUGCAUUUGUAGACAGUUUAAAGAAUCAGUUCUGCUUACAGUUGUUGUAAUAAUAACAACGUGACAGUGGUAUUCAGUUAUGUGUUAUAUUUUAUAUAAUUAGCGCUUCUGACAAUGCUAGGUAAAAUUAUGUUUUUGAUUUUGUUUCCUGUCUUUAGCCAAAGGCCACAUCAAACAAAGUAGGGGUAAACGUGUAUAAAUAAAUAAAUAAAUAAAUAGCCAAUAUAACAAUUCAGUAGAAAUUUAAUGGUGGUAGAAUCUCUAUAGAUCCUCCAAAUGUGUAAUUCUUUGCGAAACACGUCAAUAAAAUAGAGAUGUGGCCGUCAUUCAUAGAUACAUACAAUAAUAAAAUCACAGGUUUUCUCAAACAUUAGUUUAUGGUUGUUAUUAUUAUCAUGCUAUCAAAGCUAUGGAAUAUCUAAGGGAGGUAUUUUGUAGUGAUAGUGAAACAUGUUCAGCGUUUUUGACAAAGAAGGAGUGCCUGAGUGUUUCUUCUUCAUGGCUUUGUUUUGUGAGUUUCUCAACAGUUGGACUUGUUCUCAACAUCAGGCCUCUGUCCAGACAUGGUGUCAUUGCAGAGCUAUUACAAAGUGGUUAAAAGUUUUGGGCCAUUUGGAGAGCAUGCGGUGAACGCCAGCUGGGUAGCAGUACAGGAACUGAAGAAGCUCGGACUGGGAGGUGAAGUAGACUUGCAUGUAUCCGAGGUUCCUGUAGAGUACCAGACAGUCCAGAGUUUGGUUCCUUCAUUAUGGAAGAAGUAUCAUCCACUGUUGGUAGUUCAUGUUGGAGUCUCAGGUAUGGCCACCACCGUCACGUUGGAGAAGUGUGGCAGAAAUCACGGCUACAAGGGCCUGGACAACAGCAGCUUCUGUCCUGAUUCACAGUGUUGCAUUGUGGGAGGCCCGGACUGUAUCAACUCAGUUAUUGACAUGGAAUCAGUCUGUAAGAGAGUGACGGCCUCUGGUCUGGGAGUAGCUGUGUCUGUCUCCAAAGAUGCUGGAAGGUAUCUAUGUGACUUCACCUAUUACACGUCUCUGUACCUGAGCCAUGGUCGCUCUGCCUUCGUACAUGUGCCUCCUCUUGGAAAGCCUUACAGCGGGGAAGACCUGGGCCGUGCACUGCAGGCCAUCAUCCAGGAGAUGCUGGAGCUUCUAGACCAGGCCGAAGAGAAAAUCCACUGCCAGCAGCACUUCCACUAAGUGACCUCCAGAUGCCAACCAGCCUCUCCGGCCCUCUCGACACAAGAGGAAUUGCACUUAACCACAAGUAGCCAAACUUCUACAAA